AUGCCGCGCGACCUGGGAGCCGUAGCCAAAGAAAAGGCACUCAACGAUAUGCCCGAAUUAACCAAGUCGCCCGAGGACAUGGAUGAACGACAAAAACGACGAGCACCCAUGGACGCCGAGGACGACAUGCCACAGGGCUCGUUGUUCAGCCAGAUGGUGCAGAACAACGACAAGCGCGACGAACUGCACCCUUACACGCAGACUCUCACCAUAUCCGACGUCGAGUCGUGCACACGGUUAGAGGAAGAGGCAUUCCCUCCCAACGAACGCGCAACGAGAGAAAAGUUUCAAUACCGCCUCCAAACCUGCGGCUCCCUCUGCAUGGGCCUCUACACCUCCUCCUCCAACCCCUCCUCCAUCCCCACCGCCUCGACCGCCACCCCCGUCUACUCCGGCGCCCCAUCCCGCAAAGCCGUCCUCCUCGCCCACAUCGUCGCCACCAAAUCCACCCACCCCACCGUCACCGACGCCGACAUGUCCAUUCCCGCCACCUACCCCGCCUCCUUCUCCGGCGUCGGACACAACGAAGCCGGCCGCACCGUGUGCAUCCAGUCGCUGGCCGUGCUGCCGCAGUACCAGCGCCGGGGGCUGGGGACCACGCUGAUGAAGGCGUAUUUGCAGCGGAUGGAGAGUCAUGCGAUUGGGGAUCGGGUGGCGUUGCUGGCGCAUGAGGGGAUGGUGGGGUUUUAUGAGGGGUUGGGGUUUGUGCGGCAAGGGGAGAGUGAGGCGAGUUUUGGCGGUGGGGGGUGGGUGGAUAUGGUGCGGGAGUUGAAAGAGGGGAGUGAUGAGAGUGAGGAGGAUGAUGAUGAUGAUGAUGAUGAGUGA